AUGGACAAUAUUAAGCAACUCCUUAAGCCACCAAGCCAAGACAGUUACAAAUUCAUUCGUCCAUUCGUUCGUUCAUUCUUUCUGUCCGUCUUGAUUUUCUUUAUACUAACAUCAUAUUCUUUCUUUCUUUCUUUCUUUCUUUCUUUUCAACACCUUGUUGGUGUUCUUGAUUUUUUCUCUUCUUUCCUUCUUUCUUUUCAACAACGUAUGCUUCUAAUUCUUCUCUCCCUUCAUCCUGGUUCUUUCUUUCUUUCUUUCUUUCUUUCUUUCUUGCAACGUUUGGGUCCUUUUUCCGCUUUCUUUCUUCCUUCCAUCCUUUCUUUCUUUCUUUCUUUCUUUCUUUUCGUUAACUAUUUAUUCUUUUCUUCUUACUUCCCUCUUUUCUUCCUGGCUUUCUUUCUUUCUUUCUUUGCAAAAACAUGUUUUCAUUUUUCUCUCUUUUUCAUUUUUUCCCAGCAACUUCUUCUUAGCUUCCUGUUUAUUCUUUCUUUCUUUCUUUCUUUCUUUCUUUCUUUCUUUCUUUCUUUCUUUCUUUCCAACAACAUAUUUUACCCUUCUUCUUCCUUCCUUUCUGCUUUCUUUCUUUAUUUGAACAGGCUUAUUUUUCUUCUUCUUCGCUCCCUCUUUAUUCUUUCAGUUAUUCUUUCUUUCUUUCUUUCUUUCUUUCUUUCUUUCUUUCUUUCUUUCUUUCUUUUCAAUAACUUUUUAUCCUUUCUUCUUACUUCCCUCUUUUCUUCCUGGAUUUCUUUGUUUCAUUCUUUGCAAAAAACUCAACUUCUUCUACUUCGCUUCCUGUUUCUUUCUUUCUUUCUUUCUUUCUUUCUUUUAAACAACUAUUUUACCCUUCUUCUUCCCUCCUUUCUGCCUUCUUUCUUCAUUUUGAACACCUUAUUUUUCUUCUUCUUUGCUUCUUGCUUAUUCUUUCUUUCUUUCUUUCUUUCUUUCUUUCUUAUCCGACUUGAAGGAGAGAACUUUCUUUCUUUCUUUCUUUCUUUCUUUCGAGCAACCAAUAUUCCGUGUAUUUUCGCUCCAACGAAACAAACUAUUCAUUGA